AUUACUACACCUCACCUCGUGCCUUCCCCGGCGCACUUUAGCAACCACAACACCCCUGAAAAAAAAACACCACCUAAACUGAACUCAACUGAACUACAUCGCUCCUGUCCGAAAAUCACAAUUUUGUCUUUUUUUUAAAAGGUUGUUCGAUUUCUGCCAUCAUGGAUUCUUACACGUUCAUACACAGGAUCCUUCCUCUCUUGAUUCUCUUCUUCCUUGCAACUCCUUGCGGUGUCGUUUCGCAAAACAACAGCUCGAACGACAGGGGAAUGUACAACAACUACGCGCAGGUGACACCGUCGAUGGCGAUUAUCAUUGUCGUUUUGGUAGCUGCUCUCUUCUCCAUGGGCUUCUUCUCAAUCUACAUCCGCCACUGCAACGAAGCCAGCGCAAACGGGAGUAUCAGGGCAUUGGGUGUAGUCGGACUCUCUCGACGGGCCGCCGCAUCGCGUGGGCUUGAUCCUGGCGUUAUCGAGACGUUUCCGACUUUAAUCUACUCGGUUGUGAAAGGCUUGAAGAUUGGUAACGGCGCGUUAGAAUGCGCCGUUUGUUUAAACGAAUUCGAAGACGAUGAAACGCUGCGUUUGAUUCCGAAUUGUGACCACGUCUUUCAUCCUGAUUGCAUUGAUACUUGGCUGGAGUCUCACACUACCUGUCCUGUUUGUAGAGCUGAUUUGACCAAACCCGCCGACCCGGUAUCCCAACUCAGUGAAUUGCACAGCCCCGAGUUGGACCUCGAGGCCCAAAACGGCGCCCUUGGGAUCGAGCCAGAAAACGGGAAUGCUAAUGUGGAAGUGCAAGUGGUUGGACCUGAGCCUGACGACGUGAGUGUGAAUGUGAAUAAAACUUUGAAUAGGAACCGGACACGUGGGUCAAGAUCGGGUAGGCCACCGAGGUUUCCUCGGUCACAUUCGACCGGGCAUUCUUUGGUUCAACCGGGAGAGAACACCGAUCGCUUUACUUUGAGAUUGCCGGUUGAGGUUAGGAAACAGGUGAUGAACCGGAAGUUAAACCGGUCUACGAGUAUGGUGGUGCUGCCUAGACAAGGAAGUUCAAGGAAGGGUUAUAGGACCGGAGUUGGUGAAGGGAGUUCAAGAAAGGUGUUAAAUUAUAAGAGACUUGAGAAAUUGGACCUAGAACCGAGGUCAGACCGGUGGGUUUUUGGUAGGAACCCGUCAUUCUUAGCAAGAGCGUCGUCGUUUCUAUCGAGAGCCUCAUCGUCGGUUAGGUCACCAAAAGUGGUGGCUGCUAGUGAAAACCAAGGGGGUUCGUCUAGACUCGGUGGAUCAGACGGAGGUGAAUCUAGCAGACCACCGGUUUAGAAGGGUGAUCUUGCUUGUCCAAAGCUUUAGGAUGCUCCUAUUAAUUUUCUUUUUCUUUUUUUGACUUUGUCAACAUUUGUAAGAUGUGUAUUUUUUAUUUAUUUUUUGUGAUUAAUGUAAUUUAAUAUAAGAUCAUCAACAUGGAAUAGGUCAGGUCAAUUUGAGAAAAAGGACUUUCAUUUUUUUUCCCCAA